GCUGAUUGGACAAUCCAAAAAGUUCAAAAUUUUGGCGGAUCUGUGAGUCUUAAUAUUGCUGAUAGAAACUCAAGAAAGCAACAUGCCACGUAGACGGCACACAAAGGCCCUGAACAACCAUGACAAACCGUGUACCCCCACUGGAGAUGAAGGCAAGAAUCUAUCCAUUGAAGAUCGGAGACAGAAGCUCAAGCUACUGUUGGAAGAUUAUGACAAUGAAGUUAAAGUUCGGGUGAAGUCCAUGAGAUCAGAUGCCAAGACUAUAGCCAAGCGUAUCAAUCAUGCUCUUAGACUAGAGCUUAUCAAACUCCCAAUGCAUAUACGUGGGAUGAAUAGACUGGAAUUUUUCAAUAGUGGUGGCAAUGGUAAUACAUCAAGUAAAACUGAGGAGAUUUCGGACAUUGUAAAAGAUGUAGAUUCUGCAAUAGCAAGUACAAGUGCCAAGAUAAAAACAGUACAUAGUAAUUAUGAAACUAUAUCAGAAGAGAAUGAAGACCAACAACAGCAAGCCACACCAGCUUCAAAACGACCACUGAGAAAGAGAGCAGCCAGGAAGACUAAGAAGGGUGUGCUUGAAGAGAGCCAGAGUAGCAAUAUUGCCCCAUCUGCUCCAACUGCAAAGUCAUCAAGGCGAACUAAAACAGCAGCAGCAGCCCAGUUUAAGACUCCAGCAUUCAAGGGUGGACCCUCAUUGGUUGGCUUUGACACACCUGCAGUCACACCUAAGUUUGACCCAAGGUUACCCCAGACUCCGGGGCUUGUGAGAGAACCUAAACCAGGGGAGAGAAUUAUGUCCCUCACAGGAAGUCCACUGUCCAAUGCAAGAAGAACAUGUACAACGUCUAAGGUGGCUGAAGUCUAUGUCUCAGUGGGAGAAGGAAAUGUGUUACAGCUGUCCUCAGAUACAGAUGUGAAAGAUGUUGAUAUCCCAGAAAUGGACCCUCAAGCCAGAGCCAAUAUUUUACUGCUACAAGAAAAACUAGCGGCCAUUUUACGACAAAAAGAUGUGAAUGUUUCAUAGCGAUGAUAUUAUUAGUGAAUGACACUACAGGCAUACAACAUACAUACAUACAUGUACAUGUAUUUGACAUUAGCCAGAGUCACCAUACUGUAUUUGCAAGAAAACAUACUGUCAUUUUACAACAAAAAGACUUGAAUGUUUCAAUGCAAUCAUAAGUGAAUGACACUAC